AUGAAUAGUGCUCUUCAAUGUCUUUGCCAUAUUGGUCCAUUCGUUGAAAUUAUACUUAAUCUUGAAGAACAACAACCACCUCAGUUGUCAUCGCUUAUAUCCGCUUAUCGUCAACUAUUAAUUCAAAUGCAGUUGAUUCCUACAGGUGUUGCUAGCACAUAUGAAUUGAAAGUUUGUAUUAGUGAGUUAAACCGACGUUUUGCUGGAACCAAUCAACAAGACAGUCAUGAAUUUCUAACUUUAUUUAUCGAAAGUCUUCAUGAUGAAUUGAUGGAUAACUAUCACAACUCAUCCAUAGGUGAUCUGAUACAUGGCACAGUUAGAUCAACUGUCAAGUGUCUUAUAUGUAAAACUGAAACAACGACAGACGAUUCAUUUUUAUCUCUUCCACUAUCUGUACGUCGACCAGCUGCCGUAAAGUGUGGAUCCAAUCCACUUACGGACCUGUUGAACACGGCAAAAAUUCUUCUUGAUUAUGGUUUGCAACAUGAUACCACUCUCGAUAAUUGCAUUGAGAAUCUUCUUAUAAAGGAACAGUUAGGUGCAAAUGGUCAAUGGUUUUGUGAGAAAUGUCAGAAAACAACUGAUGCAAUAAAGAAAUUAGACUUAUAUAAGUUACCACAAAUAUUGAUUCUCCAACUAACACGAUUUACAGAUGAUCUUACUGAUGAAACAAAAAUUACGACGAAGAUUAAAAUACCUGAAGUUCUUGACUUGAAACAAUUUAUUGAAAAGAAUAAAAUAAAUCAAUCUGUAACAUACGAUCUUAUCGCUGUCAUGACACACACAGGAACACUUGCCAGUGGUCAUUGCACGACUUUCGCUCGACAUCUGACGAAUAGGCGUUGGUAUCAUUUUAACGAUCGGCAUGUUCGUCAAGCAUCUUUGAGGGAAGUCUUGACAUCGGAUGCAUAUAUUCUUGUUUAUGAGCGUCAGUAUCUAUGUCCUAAUUCAUAA